AUAUGCCAGAAGUUGUGGUCAAACCGCAUGACAUAGAGAUCAAUGAGAACGAGUCGGGAGUAUUGGUUUGCACAGCCUAUGGAUCUCCGCCACCAAAGGUCUCGUGGAAUAUAACGGGACUUCAGUCUAAUGUGACUCUAAAGCAGACUUUGCAAACUGUUGUCAUAGAGAAGUCAUCGCACAAUUCAAAUAAAAGCCAUUCCGAUCAUAAGAAAGCAGUUAAUGCUCGCAAUAUAACCAAAAUCAGUCAAACCCUAUACCUAAACGAGGCUCACGGGGCCGACAACGGGUACGUCGUCUGCAUCGCCGAAAAUAUUGUCGGCAAAAGCAAAGACUCGUCUUUCCUCAGAAUUUUAUGCACAUAUUUGUCAUUAGAGCACUAUUUAAGAGUGCCUCCCGUCACCAAAACGUGGUAUUUUAAUAAUCAACCCUUAAAUAUGUCCGAAACUAUCAAAGAUCUCGAUAUCGCAACUGUAAUCAAAAAUGAUUACGAAACUGAAGGAUGUCUUCAAAUUGAAAGAGCGACUCAUGUGAACGACGGGUUGUAUACUUUAAUUGCUGUCAACUCUUUGGGACAGUUUAACCGAUCAGUUGAGGCACAGUUUCAUAAGGAUGUUAAGCCAAUUCAACGCCCAACUCCUCGCCUCCCGAAACUGCCUCCGCAUCCGUCCAUCCCUUCCGGGGAGACAAUUACCAGACAACCCGAAGACAGUAGUCCUACACAAAAGAGCACCUGGAAUAUA